AAUAUAUCAUAGCUCAAUCAUCUUCAGGUCAGAUAUCUUUUGCAUUGAGGAAUUUAAAAGCAAUGUACAAAAGUCACACAGUUUUUUUCAAUUUUCUGUAUGUGCAUAUUAUUAAUAACUUUGGUGUAUAUAUAUGCAAAUCCUAGCAUCAUAAUUUAUGCACAGGUAUCUGCAGUAUCAAUGAAUGAGUACAUUAAUGCGUAUUCUAAUAGUCCACAGACAAAAUACUCUAUUAGAACCAACAUAUGUUCCAAAUGACAUUCCCCACACAAGAUUCCAUUCAGAUAUCAAUUUAUUCUUUAAUUAUGGGAUUGAGUGAUCUCUUGUUCCCCAUGUAGAUAUGGCUGAUUAGAAUUGAAGUUCCAUGCAAAAAAAGCAUAGGAAAAGGCAACUUUUGACUGACUUUCCAUGAAGAAAUUAAUAUCAGGCAAUUCAAGACAUUACUGCUUUGUGCUAUAAAAGUCCGUAAACAUUGUCAGCCUAUAAAUCUUCUUCUCCUGAAAAGCUCAAAGGAAAGUGGAGAAAAGAGAUUCAAAAACCUAUACAAGUAAGGAAACCAUCACGCGGCAAUAAGGAAAGUUCCCACACAUUCACUUUUUGAUGUAAAAGAAGAUUCACAGUAUGUAGACACAAUAGUUUCCAAAGACACUUGGCUAAUUGGUAGACCACUUUUAAAUUUAUUUUAAAAAAAUGAAUACAAAAUGAAAAAACAAAUUAUUAUCAGUGGAAAAGUGACACCGAUAGGGCUACAAACCCCCCAAAAUUGAAGAAAUGACUGGAAAUUACAUGCAUAUUCCCUCACAUCAUGGAUCUUAUAGAAGGAAUUAAUCAAUCAUCGGAUACCAUAGUUCUCAGUAAACUUUUCCUACAUGGACCAGAUAAUACUGUGAUUAUCCUGAACACGUGGUGGAAACAAUUUGCAAUAGUUGAGAGUUGGCAGAACAUGAACUAACAUGCACUUGUUGAGACAGAUACUAAGAAGGGAACUUAGGGUUAGUCUCAGUUUAGCCUGUGAAAUAUAGAUAGGAACAUCAAAAUUUCAUUAAUUCUUCGCACCAAGUCCAUUUUCUUUUCACCAUCGCUCUUUUGGAUGGACUAUUGUGCAAUGCACAUGGCUCACCAUUGAGGACACUCAAAUUCCAAUUUCAUAAUAAAAGAACACUUGUUGCACUAGAUAUUUGGAACAAUAUAAAAGCCCAUCCAGAGUUCUUCAAUCAGUGGCUAUAAACAUAUUUUUGAAUGUUACCUACACAUUUAAGACAGUAUAACUUAACCAAAAAUCAUCACAUCAUCAGCUGAUUUGGUGGGCAGCUCUGAAGUCCACACGUUUGCCAAAUGUGGGGUUCUUUAAAUAUAAAUUCUUAAACACAUUAAUUGAAGUCUAUGGGUCAUACGCAUGUAGUCAGCCAAUGCCUAACACUAGCAGAAUUAUUUGUGACCAAUAUCAGCUGAACAAAUGCAGGUUAUUAGCCCACAACCACAUUGGCAAGAAGCUACCAUGCCAGGAAAAAUAAAUUAAAAAAGAAAGAAAGAAGGAAGAAGAAUUAAGGAAACACACUUUCAGGCUAAGGUAUUGAACAGUAAAGCAGCUACGUAGCUUGGCAGCGGACAAAGUUAUAAUUGUCUGACAGGAGUAAGCUCUGGAAGGCUAGUUGAAGACAUAUAUUUAGUACUAAUAUCAAAAAUUGCAUGGCACAUGACUGUUUCCAGUAUAAUCUAUUGCCAUAUUGAACAAAUUUAACUGGAAUAGUUGACAAAAUGUCAAGUUUUUCUCCUCCUGUUUUACCAGUCCCUUCAUCUUUAUUACCUGAGUUAUCGGGUUCACCAGAUUCCACCACUCGAUUAUCUCGUCCUAAUCUUCAAGUUUAUUCUCGUCGUUCCAUGGUUGAGAAAGCUCCUGAUAUGCUACGCACUUCACCAAUUAACUCUCAAUCUUCAGAUCCAGGUAUGACGCCCUCUUGUGAGUCAGAUCUUCCUAUUGCUUUACGUAAAGGUAAGAGACAUUGUACUUCUCAUCCUAUUUCUAAUUUUGUCUCUUAUUCUCGUCUCUCUCUGUCAUAUUCUUCUUUUGUUGCAUCUCUUGAUUCGGUAUCCAUUCCUAAGUCUAUUACCCAUGCUCUCAAUGAUCCUGGUUGGAGGUUAGCUAUGCAGGAAGAGAUGCUUGCUUUGGAGAAAAAUGGUACUUGGGAUCUUGUCCCUCGUCCUUCAGAUUGAAGGCUCGUCUGGUAGCUCGAGGAUUUACUCAGGUGUAUGGAGUAGACUACUUAGAAACAUUUUCUCCUGUUGCAAAGAUUACCUCGGUUCGCCUUCUUAUCUCUUUGGCAGCAACUUACAAUUG